GUAAGAUGGCGGAAGUUGACGCUGAAAGCAGUAGUAGUAGUGCUCUGUCUGUGCCGUUUGAUUGUCUACUAGAGAUCUUUGGGUAUCUCGAUGGGCACGACCUCGCAAAGGUGUCCAGAGUGUGUAAGAACUGGCAUGAUGCUGCCCAAACUCCAUUAUUGUGGAAACACCUGUGCCUACAGAGAUGGCUGUUCUGUAACCUGUCCAACAUGACCCCAGGAGAGCAGGCCUGGCAGGAGUACUACAUACACAGGCAUGCUGUGGACACCAGCAUGGGGAGGGGGGCACCCAAAAAGGACUACCGGGCAAAAACUCUCAGGGGACACAAGGGUCAGAUACAUGAUGCCGUGUACCUGAGUAAGAAGGAGGUGUGCUUUGACACCGCCAACUUUCAGCCCAUCCUGGCCAGCUGUUCAGAGGACAAAACUGUAAGAGUCUGGAACAUCACAGAGGGCAGUGAGCUAUGGGUAGGCACAGAACAUAGGAGUGCUGUGACUUGCCUGGUGCUGUGGGAAGAAGAGUCCAUUCUGUGCAGUGGGGACCAGGAUGGAGAUGUACACAUGUGGGACUGUCCUACUGGACAGAACAGGGGCAGUCUCAGAGGACAUGAUGGAGGGGUGACCAAAAUGGUGGUCUACAAGUCAGGAGGGUAUACAGUACUUCUGGCCGGUACAGGACAGGGAGACAUUAAGAUGUGGGACCUAAGAAACACCGCAGCUUGUCUGAAGACAUUCCCUGCAGUCCCUGGCAUGGCUGUCAACAUCCUCAGUCUUCACAAGGACAGAACACUGGCUGUGGCAUCGAGCGAUGGAGGAGGGAUGAAGCUGUAUGAUCUGGAAAGGUUGCUGUCCCCCGAGGGUCUAAUGGGUGAUGCAGAGGACUGCCAGGUGGGAGAACUGGAACAUCCCAGCCUGCAACACACCUGCUGUAUCACCUGGUUGCCAUGGAAACCCAACAUGGCUGCAAUCGGCUAUAGAAAUGGAGACAUUGGCAUCUGGGAUCUCAAACCUGCAUCUUCAGGUAGAGAAAAAGGUUUACCAGUACUACUUCACAUCACAUCUGCACAUUUUGGAGCAGUCAGAGGACUGAGUGCCGUCCACAACAUGCUGGUAUCUGCAAGCACGCAGGACGUGCACUUAAAGACAUGGUCCUUACAAAAUGAUGGCAGCUUGACUGAAGAGAAGACGUACACUGAUCACCAAGGACCAGUCACAGGCAUUCAUGUGGACCACUACAAGGCCGUGUCCUGCUCAGAUGACUUUUCCAUCAGGGUUUACCAGUGGGGGCGGGAGGGGGGCAGCAGAGUUCUGGACAGUAAAUACACUCUACUGGGAGGGUCUCUUCAAAGGGCAAGUGGUUUCCAGAGUGUACUGAGUGACUACACCAGCUGUGUGGGGAUUUCAGGCAAUGUGCUGAAGGCCUACACUUUCACAACAUAGAAGUGCAGCAAACAGUGACUGCAACUUUGCACAGUCAUCAAUGGCAAUAACUGAGGUGCAAAUGCUGGAGUUUUAAAGUGCAAGGGUCUGGUGUCUGCAAGAACAAGUGCCUUUCUCAGCUAGUCAAGUGGCACCCUUAAGACAUAGAUUGCCCAGUUGCAACUAGACAUGUAUCAGGAGGAUGGCUAUACAUCUUUUGACAGCCAUUGCCAACAUUGUGUUAUUGUUGUGGGCUGACUACUGUCUCUUUUCAGCCAAGGGCUGAAUUACGAGGAGCUUACAAUAGACAGGGCUAAAUUGCAAGGCAGCCUGUACAUAAUACCCAGUGACCUUAAUACAACUUACAGUAAUUGGCCCAGUUGCAGCCUUUUAACUGUAAGAAGAUGAUCCAGUCACAUUUGGAAUACACUGUUUUUCAAGUGUGGUGGGUUAUUUAACGUGCUUGAGGUCAAACGUGAAAUCUCUAUCUAAGGUCAUUAAUCUGAGGGACUGCCCUAA